AAAAAUUCUUCUAGCCAACAAAGCCUGCCAUCAUGACAACGCAGUCGGCUGGCCCGAUGGCGGUCGGCAGCCUUCUUCCUGCUUCCGAUGCAGAUGACCUGUCUGCCGAGCAGAUAACUCAGCUGCUCAAGGAUGCCGAGCAGCGCUUGCGACCUUCCACCGCCGCCGUUGCGACGGCCGGCAAGAGCAUACUAGCCUCUCUUCCAAAGAUCCCUACUCUAGGGCCCAACAAUGCGCCGCAACCUUAUGUUACUUCCAAUGGAGAGAUGGCUCGGGUUGACUCCUCUCGCCUGCUCAAUAAUGACCAGCGAAAGAAAUCUGAGGGUCUCCGCAAGGUGGAGGAUCCGGCCCAGGUUAAGGCCAAGCUUCAAGAGAAGAAAAAGGCCGACGCUGGUGGCGCUUGGUUCAAUAUGCCCAAGACAAACGUCACCCCGGAGCUGAAGCAGGAUUUGCAGCUGCUGCAAAUGCGAUCGGUCCUCGACCCUAAACGCCACUACAAAAAGGACAGCUCAAGAAACAAGGUGCCAGAAUUCUCGCAGGUUGGCACUAUCAUUGAAGGACCUACCGAGUUCUACAGUUCGAGAUUGUCCAAUAAAGAACGAAAACAGACAUUGGCGGGGGAGAUCCUUGCUGGAGAACAGGAGUCUGGUCGCUUCAAGAGGAAGUACAACGAUAUUCAAGACUCCAAAACGAGCGGCAAGAAGGCAUACUACAAAGCGCUCAAGGCCAAGCGUUCUAAACGAGGUUGAGCUGUUUUGUGACUCAGAAGCUGAGAACCUUUCUUGGCUAUUGGCUUUACGCAAGACCCUACAACCAUUCCUCAGGACGCCAAGCGCUCUUGUGGCAGAGACGCGAGACGUGAAAUCCGU